AUGUCGGGUGUAUCACUACCGGUGCCGGCUCCGGAUUCCGAGCCUGAUCGGACGGCCACUACCCCAUCUCCAAACUCCGCCAAACGCCACCUCCAGCCGCCAUCAGCCACCGGUGGCACUGUAAUGGGAUCCCUUCGUUUGAUUGAGUUACAACUGGUGGAAAGGAAAAUCGAGGAACUGAUUAGGACUGUUGGAAUUUUUGUGGACAAUUUGGGGAUGUUGGGAAAGGAGGAGUCUACUGGUGGUGGUGCUGAUGAUAGUGAAAGUUCUCAAGGGCCGUGCCAAGUUUCUGGUGGCAGGAAACUUUAUUGGCGGUCGGCGUCGUGGUCAUCCUCGCGGACUUCACUUCCCCCACUUAACCCUGACACUGAUAAUAAAGAUGGCUUAAAUCUCGAUGGCAGCAAUAACGGUAAUAGUGGGAUGGGUCAGCGCAUGCCUCCUCCAUUAACACCUAGAACUCAACACAGUUUUAAGGCCAGGUCUUGUCUUCCCCCAUUGGCAAUUGCUCGUAGGAGCUUAGAUGAGUGGCCUAAAGCAGGGUCUGAUGAUGUUGGUGAGUGGCCGCUUAUUUCUACACCUCGUGGGAGGAGCUCAAAUGAUGGUGGGGAGAGGUUGAAGCUUGAUUUGUCGAAAAUACAGAGAAACCCGGAUAACAAUGGCUGUGGGCUUGUGAAGAGAGAAAAGAUUGCUUUCUUUGACAAGGAGUGUUCGAAGGUUGCUGAACACAUUUAUCUUGGCGGUGAUACCGUUGCAAGGGACAGGGAGAUACUUAAGCAGCAUGGUAUUACUCAUAUUCUAAAUUGCGUGGGAUUUGUAUGCCCUGAGUAUUUCAAGGCUGAUUUUGUUUAUAAGACAUUAUGGUUGCAGGAUAGCCCGUCGGAGGAUAUAACUAGCAUACUGUAUGAUGUUUUUGACUAUUUUGAAUAUGUUAGAGAACAGGGUGGAAGGGUUUUUGUUCAUUGUUGUCAGGGAGUCUCUCGGUCCACAUCAUUGGUGAUUGCUUAUCUAAUGUGGCGAGAAGGGCAAAGCUUUGAUGAUGCAUUUCAAUAUGUGAAGGCUGCUAGAGGAAUUGCUGAUCCGAAUAUGGGGUUUGCAUGCCAGUUAUUGCAGUGCCAAAAAAGAGUUCAUGCUUUCCCUUUGAGUCCCAGUUCUUUACUAAGGAUGUAUAGGAUGGCUCCACACUCACCUUACGAUCCUUUGCAUCUGGUUCCUAAAAUGCUUAACGAUCCUUCCCCAUCUGCUUUGGAUUCUAGAGGUGCAUUUAUUAUACAUAUUCCUUCUACAAUUUAUGUUUGGGUUGGCAAGAAUUGUGAUGGAAUCAUGGAAAGGGAUGCCCGAGGAGCUGUUUGCCAAAUUGUUCGGUAUGAAAAAGCUCAGUGUCCGAUUGUAGUUAUUAAGGAAGGUGAGGAGCCUUCAUACUUCUGGGAUGCUUUCUCUAACCUCCUACCAUUGAUGGACACAUCUAGCAAUGGAGUUGGUGUUGUUGGCUCGUCAACUAAUAUUUCAACAGGGGAGAGGAAAGUGGACUUGUAUGACGUUGAAUUUGAGAUAUUUCGAAAAGCUACAAUUGGUGGAUUUGCCCCGCCUUCUGCCUCUUCUGAAGCUGAACAUGAAACACACCUUCCUGUGAGAGAAAGUUGUUGGAGUAUGCUAAGGCGUAAGUUUGUUUCUGGGAAUAUGAAAGAUUUUGCUUCUGCUUCUAAGUCAGGUGUCUCUAGAAUCUACCCUGAUUCCCUUUCGAUUGUUGAUAGUCAUUCUACAGCUAAGCAGAUACAAUCUUCUGCAAAUUAUUUGUUUUCAUCAAAGUCGCUAUCCUUUUCAUCGUCAUCACCAUCGUCAAUGUCUUCGUCAUCAUCAUCACCUUCAUUUUCUUCGCCUCAUUAUUUUUCUCCAGACUCUAUUUCCCCUGAUUCGAGCAGUAACUCAACAUAUUUUUCGGAUUCCCCUGCCACAUCCCCUUUGGCUGUGUCAUGUACGAAUCUAACGUCUUCCUGCCUGUCUAACUUCUCUAACAUAUCCCUGCACUCAUCCAAAAUUUCUCCUCACUCUGUUUCUAAAAGUUCAAAGUAUAUUGAUGUCAAUUUUACUUCAAAGCCUUUGUCACAUCCAGGGUCUUCACCAUCUGAGAAGUUACUCCUUUCCAUUGCUGAGCGGAGAGGUAGCUUAUCAAGGUCUCUCAAGCUGCCCCUGCAGGCUGAUAAUUCUCAAGGAAAAGGUGCUCCUUCGAGUGGUCUCACCAACGAUUGUGAUGGCGUCAGUGUAAGUGGUGAUGCUAUUUCAUCAAAUGAAUUGCAUAGUAGGGAAGAUGCCAUGCAGCAUAAGGGGGAGAGAAGGGAAAAUCUAGAGAAUGGAUUGCUGAUAACUUCAGGUGGGGAUGCUACUGUAGAUACAUGCCGCGAAAAAGCUAGUACGUCGAAACAUUCUGACAAACCAUGUGAACGUCUUUUGGGAGAAAAGGAUGCAGGUCUAUUGGAUAUAAUGAUAGAUAGUAGCUUAUCAUCUUGUAACUCAAUGCAACCAGUAGUAUGUCGAUGGCCUAGCUUGGAAAGGCUUGUGAGUUUUGGUACUUAUGGUUUGGAUUCCAAAUCUGUAUUCCUUCUUAUCACUCCAACUUCAGGUUCUAGCAAUGUCGAGGAUAGAAUUCUAUAUGUAUGGGUGGGUAGAUCUUUCAGUUGUGAUAGAACAGAAAUGACAUUAGGUAGCCAGAAAAGUUCAGGUAGUCUAAAAGAGAUUGAUUGGAUAAGAGUUAGUUCUGAUGUUCUUUCUCAAAUGGGAUUGCCGGAAGACGUUAAAAUUGAGAUUAUCAGGGAAAAUGAAGAACCUGAAGAGUUUCUUGCCUUGUUAAGUUCUUCGUGA